GUGAAGCUUAUGUUUGUUUUUAUUUUGACGUUGCUAAAAUUUUAGCUUUAAUGUUUGUUUUCUUGUGAUAAAUUAGUUUUAUUUUAAAGGCUAGCGCAUAAUAAUAAUGAUGCAUCUGAGCGCUGACAUAUCUAGUGCACUUCAGCAACUUGAGAGCAUCAAGACAGCAAUAGAUGACUCCCAUGAUCCAAAACUUCAGCUCAGUACUAAUGAAGAUUUGGAUAUGAUAAUAAGCCUAUUGCAAGAUCCAGUUUUUCGAAGCAUUGUUACUACUCAAGAUUCACUAGGUGAAUUGAAUUCCCAAAUAACACAACAUCCAUCAAUAUUACCAGGAGAUUUUGAUAUAACUACUUCAGGUGAUCUAAUUCUGACGGUGCCCCCUUCUCUUGAUUUAUAUGAUAAUGAGUACACUGAUGAACAAAGAGUACCCUCUGCACAAUUAAGUCCAGGUAGCCCUCAGAGUUUAGGUUAUAGCAUCGUUGGGGGUCAGUCAGGGGAAACAUUAACAUUACAUGAAGGAGAUCAAAUAUUGGCAAUUGAUGGUCAAACUAUAGAUUGUAAUAUUUCCCAUCAACAAGCGAUAAAUAUUUUGCAAAAGGCCAAAGGAUUGGUUGAGUUGGUGGUUGCCAGAACUGGUAGUGAAGAUGAUCGCUGCUCAUCUAUUGUCAGUGGCGUUUCUCCAACCAAACCAGGAAUAGUUUCUGAUAUGAUUUUAGGAACUGAAUGGGCUCAAGUCGAAGCUAUCGAUCUUGUAAAUGAUGGAACAGGACUUGGCUUUGGGAUAAUAGGAGCUCGUACUUCUGGUGUUAUUGUAAAAACAAUAUUACCAGGAGGUGUAGCAGACCGUGAUGGACGACUUCAAAGUGGAGAUCACAUUUUACAAAUUGGCAAUGUUAAUCUUCAUCGAAUGCAAUCAGAGCAUGUAGCAGCUGUUCUAAGACAAAGUGGCACGCAUGUGCGUUUAGUUGUGGCAAGGCCAAUAGAUCCAGUAGAGAGGCAUAGUAGUGCUCCAGUUGUUCCCACUAGAUUACUAGCAGAUCCAAUAGAAUUAGAUGCGCACUUAAUAGCAGCUGGCUAUCCAGAAAUUUUUAGAAAUGAUUCAAGUUCUAAUUCUCCAUCACCUAUUGCUGAUUCGCAUCCAAAUUCAUUUAUAUACAAUGCAGAUGGUCACACAUUACCGUUAGCUGCUAGUAGGAUAAACCUAGAUUUACCAGAAAUGGAGAAAUUUUCUGUUGAAUUGAAAAAAGACCUUAAUGGGCUCGGAAUCACAAUUGCGGGUUACGUUUGUGAAAAAGAAGAAUUAUCUGGAAUAUUUGUUAAAAGUGUAUCAUCAGGUAGCGCUGCUGAUUUAUCUGGCAGAAUUCAAGUAAAUGACAGAAUUGUUGAAGUGGAUGGCCAAUCACUGCAAGGAUAUUCAAAUCAUCAGGCAGUAGAUGUUCUGAAAAGUAGUGGAACUAUUGUUAGAUUAUGUUUAGAAAGGUAUUUAAGAGGGCCUAAAUAUGAGCAAUUGCAACAAGCUAUUGCUGCUAAUGAACUUAAGCCUUCAACGCCCAUCACGCCACCUCAUGUGCCAGUUUCAUCUCGAAAUAAUUCAAAUAUUGAAGAAGUAAGAAACCCAAACAUAUCAAGAUUUGCAAUAAUUCAAAAUGAUGUGAGUAACAGCAAACCAAUAAUUAAUGAAAAGCUUAAAGAUUGUGGUACUUUAAUAUCUGAUGACCGUAAACGAAAGGAGUCUGUAGUAUCCAUACAAAAUGAUAAAUGCUAUAGUAAAGAUAAUUUGAUUUCAUCACAUGCUCUGAGAAAAAGUUCAAACCAUUCUGUGCACAGUGAACAUUCAUCGCAUGAAGUGCCACUAAAGUCUGAUAUGAUUUUAAAUCCAGCACAUUUAUUAAAUAGUGAUAGGAUCAAAAAUGAUUUGCAUUCGUUCACACUACCUAAUGAUAGAAAUGAAAAAUCUAAGACUUUAAAAAACCAAGUUGGAGUAACUCUAGCACCAGCUCAAAACAUGUCCAUGUCACUGGAUAGAAAUGCUAAGUUCAACGAUUCUUUAUUAAAUACGGAAUUUGUUGUAGAAACUUCUGUUGAUGAUAAUUUAUGUGAAAAUAAAAAUAUUGACUUAGUUCUGUUAAGAAAUAGCAAUCAGUUUGAAAGUGAAUUAACACCUGCCAUGGAAGAAGUAAUCAAGGCUAAAUGGAAUAAUAUUGUUGGCGAGGAAACAGAAAUAGUGGUUGCGCAGCUUAGGAAAUUUGGUGCAAGCGGAGGGCUUGGCAUCAGUCUUGAAGGCACUGUAGAUGUUGAAGAUGGUAAGGAAGUUCGACCUCAUCAUUAUAUACGUUCCAUAUUACCAGAAGGUCCUGUAGGAAGACAUGGAGCACUGAGAUCUGGUGAUGAACUGCUAGAGGUUAAUGGGUAUCGACUACUUGGCAUGAAUCAUAUAGAAGUGGUAUCCAUAUUGAAAGAGCUGCCUAUAGGAGUAAGAAUGGUUUGUGGUCGAGGUCCAAUAUGUUCAUCUGAUGUGUAUAUGUCACCAUCGCCACCUCGUGGUAAAUUGGGUGGUUCUCUGCAGAAUCUCAUGCCAACUACGGAUAGAUUAGUAAAAGCAAAAUCUGAUGGCAGUCUUGCAACCACAGGCAGCACCGGUGGCGGCGAUUUUACUAAAAUGAAGUCUAGGUCUUUAGAACCGUUAACAGGUCUUGCAAUGUGGAGUUCUGAACCGCAAAUAAUUGAAUUAAUCAAAGGCGAACGUGGACUUGGCUUUUCAAUUCUGGACUAUCAAGACCCUAUUGAUCCGAAUGAUACUGUUAUUGUAAUUCGUAGCCUAGUGCCUGGAGGUGUAGCCCAGUUAGACGGUCGACUAAUUCCAGGAGACAGAUUACUAUUUGUAAAUGAUAUAAUACUAGAGAAUGCAUCAUUAGACCAAGCUGUUCAAGCUUUAAAGGGAGCUCCGAAAGGUGUAGUAAAAAUAGGUGUGGCUAAACCUUUACCAUUAGCAGAUUCAUCUUGUAGCAAUAAUCAAGAAGUUAGUUUUGAACCUCGGCAAUUAGCACCAACUCCAAUGACACCUACAAGUUCAACUUUUUCAGCCACACAAGGUGAAAUUAAGAUUAAUUAGUGUUCACAUCACCUAAUUUAUCAUUAUAAUUAAAUUUAGGCAUUUUACU